AUGGAGUUGAUUUCUCUUCAUCUAGUUCUCUUGCUGAUUUCAAACAUCCACUCUGGAGAAACUGAAGCUUUACCCAGAGCUACAUUGAGUGUAAAACCAGACAGAUCUGUGCUCACUGGAGAGACAGUCACUCUGAAGUGUGAGAUAGAGGAUCAGUACAGAUCCUUAAACUGGACAUAUCAGUGGUAUAAAUGUGGUACUGAAUUGUUUAACUCUGGGCGUUACACUGUAAACAGCGACUCUCUCACUAUCACUGGAGUUACUGAAUCUGAUCAGAAUGAGUUCAGCUGUAGAGCAGAGAUAUACGGACGACCACAGACUUCACUAUCAAGCUCUGCUGUUAAUCUCACUGUAAAUGGAUCAAAACCAAAACCUGAACUCACAUCAGAUACUGAAGGAUCUGUACUGACAGGUAACACAGUGACUCUGAAGUGUCACAUUAAUCAUUGGUCUACUGGAUGGAAGUUUUACUGGUACAAACGCACACAAAACACUGAGAAGACGACAACAGAAACAAACUCUUACACAAUCCACAGUGUUAAAGUUUCAGAUGGAGGUCAGUACUGGUGUAGAGCUGGAAGAGGAAAACCAGACUAUUACACAGACUACAGUGAUGGACUGUGGAUAAAUGUUAAAGGGAGUCCUAAACCUCUAGUGAGUGUUGAUCCUGACAAACAGCUGUUCAGAGGAGAAACUGUUACUCUGAGAUGUGACAUACAGGAUACAGGAGACACUGAGUGGACAUACAGCUGGACUGUAGAGAAGACAAAUAACAGAAAUAUAAUCACACAAUGCAACACACAAGAGUGUAAAAUUAACAACAUUCAAUACUAUCACAGUGAUAAAUACACCUGUAGAGGAAAGAUACGUGAACAAAACACUGAGAUGAGUGAUGCUGUUACGCUGACUGUAUCAUAUAAACCACAGACAGUUUUAAGUGUUUCUCCACAGCAGUGGUUGACUGAAGGAGAUUCAGUGACUCUGAUGUGUGAGGUAAUAAGUUCAUCUACAGACUGGACAUUCAGUUGGUUCACUGUACAGAGUCUUUACUCAGUGAAUAAAGAUGUUUAUGAGCUGGUGUCAAACAGCAGUGGAGGAUCUAAAGGCAUCUACACAGUGAGUUCAGUGACUGUGAAGCACACAGGAGUUUAUAUGUGCAGAGCAGAGAGAGGAGAUCCAGUCUAUCAGACAGACAGUAACAGAAAGCUACUGUGGAUCACUGGUGUUUCUCGUUCAGUCUCUCUGACCAUCAUACCUGACAGAUCUCAACACUUCAUAUUUGAAUCUCUCUUUCUGAGCUGUGAGGAUCACAGUAACUCUACUGGAUGGACAGUGAGAGGAUACACAGAAGAUAAACUAAACCCUUGUUCAUCAUCAGACUGGAGAUCUACAGGAACAACAUCUACAUGUACAAUCAGAUCUCUCAUCACAUCUGAUACUGGAGUGUACUGGUGUCAGUCUGAAUCUGGAGAGAAACUUCAUCCUGUUAAUAUAUCAGUACACUAUGUUGGUGUGAUUCUGGACAGUCCUGUUCAUCCUGUGACUGAAGGAGAUCCUCUGACUCUACACUGUUUAUAUCGAUAUAAAAAACCCUCUAAUCUGAGAGCUGAAUUUUAUAAAGAUGGAUUAGUGGUGCAGAGUCAGACUACAGGAGACAUGAUGAUCAUCCCUACAGUCUCAAAGUCACAUGAGGGUUUCUACUACUGUAAACACCCAGAGAGAGGAGAGUCUCCAAAGAGCUGGAUCUCAGUCAGAGCCGCAGCAUCUUCAACUCUUGGUCUUAUUAAUGGUCUGGGUCUUGGACUGAGCAUCAUGUUUUUGAUCUUUUUCUUGGUCCUGCUGUGGUGGUACAACAACAACAAAAACUCUCAGUCUGCCUCAGCUGUCAGUCAACAGCAGAACAUCAAUCAGACAUCAGAUCAGAAACAGACUGAAGAUGUUUACAGUCCAUUGCCGACUGACAGUGUAAAUGAAGCAGCUGAUCACAUCUAUGCUAAUAUUAAACUGAAAUCUAAGAAAGAAAUGAAGAAAAAGAAGAAAUACAAGAAAGAUGAUAAAGACACAAGUGCAGACAAUGAAAGUGAAGCAGCUGAUCACAUCUAUGCUAAUAUUGAACUGAUAUCUAAGAAAGAAAUGAAGAAAAAGAAGAAAUACAAGAAAGACAAUGUAAGUGAAGCAGCUGAUCACAUCUAUGCUAAUAUUGAACUGAUAUCUAAGAAAGAAAUGAAGAAAAAGAAGAAAGACAAGAAAGGAAAAGGUGGGAUUGUGUACUCCAAUCUGAAGAAAAGAGAAGGUCAAGGUGUUGCUUUUGGAUCUGUUGAUGCGGCCUACUCUUAG